AUGGUGAAGCCAAGUCGUCCUGGUGGCGUUAUUGAGGAUACAACUGCCAAACAUAUAUUUGAUAGGAUAGGGAAGAAAGUGCACGGAAAAGCAGAAAGGGAUGCAGAACAAUAUAGAAAUCAAUUGAAGGGAACUUUAUCAGAAGCAACAUAUCCAAAUGAUAAAUAUCCUAAUAGAACAACACCAUCAAAAGCAUGCGAUCUUGAUUAUAAUUUUCAUACUAAUGUUACUAGUAAUGUAAUUGAUCCGUGCGACAAAAGAUCAAGAGAACGGUUUUCGGAUACAAAAGGAUCAGAAUGUACUAGAAGUAAAAUAAAAGAUAGUAUAAACAAUAAUGAAGGAGGAUGUGCUCCUUUCAGACGAUUGCACGUAUGCGACAAAAAUCUCGAACAGAUAAAUCCUGAUAAAGUAACAAAACAUAAUUUAUUGGUAGAUGUGUGCAUGGCAGCAAAAGAGGAAGGGGCUUCAAUAAGAGGCUAUUAUGCACAAUAUGAUGCAAAAUAUCCUUCUUCUGGUUCUACAAUAUGUACUGCUUUGGCUCGAAGUUUUGCUGAUAUAGGAGACAUAAUACGAGGAAAAGAUCUAUAUCGUGGUAAUAAUGGAAAAGAUAAAUAAGAAAAAAAAUUAAAAGAAUAUUUC